AUGAUUACAGCUUUAACUUACAUUCUUUGCGCCUUUGCGCUUGUUGAAGCUGCUCCAGUGUCCAAGCAGCAUUUGCACCAUGCCCACAAAAGAGAUAACACUUGUGCUUUCCCAAACGAUGACGGUAUGGUUAAGCUUGGACAGAACGGUGGAUGGGCUCAGGAUGGAGACUGUAAAGCAGGCGAUUAUUGUCAGUAUGCCUGUAAGCCAGGCUACUUGAUGGGUCAGUGGAAUCCUCAGGUUACUAGUUACACCUAUCCAGGAUCGACGGAAGGUGGUUUGUUUUGCAAUGACAACGGUGAAUUGGAGAAGCCUAUUACUGAUAACGAUUAUUGUUACGAGGGUAAGGGUACUGGUUCUGUCAGCAAUUUGGCAUCUCAAGAUGUUGCUUUCUGCCAGACGGUUUUGCCUGGUAAUGAGGCUAUGCUUAUUCCAACCGAAGUUAGUGCUUCUGGUUCUGAGGAAUUAGCUGUUCCCGGUACCGACUAUUGGGCUAGUACUGCUGCUCAUUACUACAUCAAUGCUCCAGGUGUUUCUACCGAGGAUGGAUGUCAAUGGGGCUCUACAGCCAAUCCUAUAGGUAACUGGGCCCCUUACGUUGCCGGUAUGAACAUGGACGAUAGUGGUAAUACUUUCGCCAAGAUUGGCUGGAAUCCAGUUUACUUCGAGGACUCCUCUCCUUUCAAAAAUGAGAAGCCAAACUUCGGUAUUCGUUUGAAGUGUAACGAUCCUUCCAAAUGUAAUGGUAACACUUGUGAAAUUAAUCCAAGCACUUAUGGAUUGAAUGCUGUCAGUGUCAGUCAACAGGCCGACUCUGAUGGUGCUGCAUGGUGUAUGGUCACCGCUACCGAUAGUUCUGCUAUCACGAUUGAAGUAUUUGACCUUUAA